UGCCUUUUGCUCCUCCUCACAGGCUUCGCCUUCUCUCAUCAAAGUUAGCGCUCUAUUUUCUCAACAAAACGCCCACCUCCCUCUUCUUCUGUCUCAUUCUACUCUCUUCCCCCAUUUGAAUCCCCACCUUCUACACCCUACCCACACAUCUUGAUCCGAUUUCACUCUCUGGGUUUCUUCCAUUUCCUGCAAAAAUGGCUUCUUUCACUGUCCCCUCCGCCAAAAGCUCCGUCCUUUUCGGCACUGUUUCAUCCCAGUCCCACCUCCAGCUCCCCCAGCAGACCUCUGUGUGUUUCUUGACCGCUUCCAGAUCCGGACCCGCAUUGCUCCCUCUCCAUCAGGUUGUUUUGAAAGUUUCUGCGCAGCUCAAUGAAGGUGGUGCUGUUGAGAAAUCCGGUAAUUCAAAACUUCUUGACGAGGGAGAAGUGCCCGUGACUGAAAAGGAAGUGCCUGAUGUUCUCUCCAUUUCCACUUUCUUGUCUCAAGCAGCAAACCUUGUCAAGCUUGUGGAUUCGAAGGACAUAGCUGAAGUCCAUCUAAAGCAAAUGGACUGCGAGAUCAUUAUAAAGAAGGAGGCAUUACCGCAGGCAAACAUCAUGGCUGCUCCUGCUUCUAUCGGGCAGCCCUCUUUUCAUCAGCCAAUUGCCCAGCAGCUGUUACCACCUGCCCCUGCUCCUGCACCUGCCCCUGCCCCUGCUGCAGCCCCUUCACUUCCACCGACUGCACCGGCAAAACCAAGUUCAUCUCAUCAUCAACAAAAAGCUCCCAUGGCUGGAACUUUUUACCAUGCUCCUUCUCCUGGUGCACCACCUUUUGUUAAGGUAGGAGACAAGGUUAGUAAAGGGCAGUUACUCUGCAUCAUUGAGGCAAUGAAACUGAUGAACGAAAUUGAGGCUGAAAUUUCUGGGACCAUUGUUGAGAUGCAUGUUGAAAAUGGAAAACCUAUCUCUAUUAAUACGCCUUUAUUUAGCAUUGCGCCAUGAAUAUGAACAGAUUGAAAGCAGCAUAGGUCAGCAGGCAGGGGUGGAGUUGCAGAAUGAGUUGUGAGUAAUUCGGCUAAACCGGGUCCUAUUUAUAUAAAUUGAAGAAGAAUUUCUUUUCAUUGCGCUUGUGCUUUUAAUGUAUCUUAGAAUAAUAUCAACUAUUGAUUGAUAUGGAU